AUGGUGGGCAGACCCGCCCACUUGCCCGUGGACCCGCAGACCCGCCUGCACCCGUGCAAAACCCGUACCCGCCGUCGCGGUCUGUACCCGGGCGGGUACGGGUACGGGUACACCUCGGGACACCCGCGGGUGUACCCGUGCUCUGCACUAGUUGGUCCAAGCAUCGCAUUUUUCGGCAAUGCCAUUGUGACACUUACCGGCGUGAAGUGGAGCCAAAUCCUGUCAAACGCACGCGAACCUCUUGCCACCGAGGACGUGGCAACCAAAUUCUUGGCUGCCGAAGCAUUGAUCGACAACUAUGACGACCUGUAUUCGGACUCGUAUUCCAACAUUGUUGAGGAUGAUAACACGAAGUUUUGA